ACGGAUGAUUGAGAUUAGAAGUGAAGGCAGAGAGUGAAUGAGACGUCUCAUUUGAAUUAAAGUUACAAUUAGGAAUUCUGCAGCAAAGUUCAUAAAAACCCUGCGUCCAUAUAAAAUAGACAAUAAAUCGAACUACAGCAUAUAUUUUACAUAUAUUGGAGUAAAAUUUGGACAUAAACCCAAAAGUCAAAACGUAUGUCCAUUGUACAAAGUAGCAGUAGCAUCAGUAGGGGAGAAAUCCAAUGAAAAAUUAAAAACGAAAAGGGAGCGGAAGCAACUGCAAAAGUAACGUCGUCUCAGCCGCUGUUAGCGCUGCCGAGACAGUUCCCCUCAUAUAACGUCGGUUUCGGUAACGCUGCCGUUGCUGUCGUCAACAAAAUAAAGUGCUAAGUGUGUGAACGCGGGUGUUGGAGACGUUGGUGCUGGUCACUUGACACGAGAAAUUUCAGAAAAAGACGGAGCAUAAAAGUUUGGUUGCAAUAUAUUUCAGAAAAGUUGCCAAAAACGUGAAAUUAACUAACCAUUCGAAUACAAAAUAAUAUAUGCUGGGGUAUAAUCACUUCUAACAUACCCACCCACCGUCAGCCGAAUCGCCAAAUGCAACUCGCAGCCAAAGUGUCCCUUAACGCUUACACCGAAAGAAACACCAACGUCAUACCUAAGCAGCAGCAACAAAAAAUUGAUAAAUUACAUUUGGCAAUUUAGCAUAUAAACAGCGAUAUACAUAUAUCAAAAUUGAAUCCAAGUUUCGGACAGCGACGUAUGCAGGCGUUCACUAAACUCCAUAUCCCGCACCAAAUAACGUCGAAGCACCAUCUGCCGCCCGCGCGCUCUGUGUAAAUCUUAUCAAUUCCCUUAAAAGAAUCACUGGCGUCGGCGUAUACAGUAGCGAUAAGUCUUAACGCAAAGCAAACACAAAAGAACAAAAUAAUAAGUUUAAAAAUUAUAGCACAAAAGUGAGAAAAAGUAACAACACAACGCUGCACUUCUUGCUUUUACUGGGAUAAUUGUUUCUUGUGGAACUAUUGUUCACUUAUUGGCUGUAACAGCCAUUGCUAAUCAGAGGGUAAAUUCUACACAAACGUACAAUAGCUAAGCGGCAUGGCACGCGGCUUUGACCAUUUAUUUAAAUUAUUAAUUAUAGGUGAUAGUGGUGUUGGAAAGUCAUCACUGCUGAUACGCUUUUCAGACGAUACCUUCGCCGGCACCUACAUCACCACCAUCGGCGUAGACUUCAAGAUACGCACCGUUGUCAUUGAUGGGCUGCGCAUCAAGCUGCAAAUAUGGGACACAGCCGGACAAGAGCGCUUCCGCACUAUAACGAGCACCUACUACCGUGGCACGCAUGGCGUAAUCAUUGUGUACGAUGUAACGAAUGGCGAAUCAUUUGCGAAUGUGCGACGAUGGUUAGAUGAAAUACAAAAUAAUUGCGAUGUGGUCAAUAAAGUAUUGGUGGGUAACAAAAAUGAUGAUCCCGAUCGUAAAGUGGUCAUCACCGAGGAUGCGCAGCGCUUUGCGCGUCAAAUGGACAUCGAGCUGUUUGAGACAUCCGCCAAAGACAAUAUUAAUGUGGAAGAGAUGUUCCUCGCCAUAACGCGACAGGUGCUGCAGCAUAAGCUGCGUAAUGCGCAAAAUGAGCAGCAAAAGGACAGUAUCACUUUGAAGAAACAGCAAAAGAAUAAACGAAAAAGUAAAUGUUGCAGUUGAAACAUACGCCGCCCCACCACCACAACGGUUUUGUGUACAACGCGCAAUAAAACCACAGUACUCAGCAUAUUUUAAAAAUAUAUAUUAUAUAUAAAAUACAAAACAUACCACAUACUACACAUAUACAUAUGUACAUCAACAAAAAAAGAAAAACGCGUAUACGCAAAAAUAAACACACAAAAUAAGAAAGAACAGAAACCAGUCCAGGUCUAGUGACAACGCGCGUACAAUGUACACGAGUAUAUGGGUUAGCUUGGUCACGUGAGUUGUCAAAAUAUAUAGCAGUAGCGGCAGCAGUUUGUGUUGCAUGUUUCACGGCAUACUGCAGUGCAAAUAAGUAUUUUUAUAGCAGUUAUAAAAGUACUGCGGUAUUCUAAAAAUGUAGGAACAAAUGUGUGUGUGUGUGUUGUAAGAAAACAUUUUUGUAAAACAAAAUAUGAAAAACAAAAUAAAUUGAAAUCACACCAAAACCAUAUACAUACAUAUAUGCAGCAAACUGCAAUAGCAUAGCGUUUUAUAAAUACACAGUUAUUUACAUGCAUGUAUGCAUACAUAUUAACUAAUACAUAUACAUAUAUACAAUAGCAUACACAAGACGUGCAUACGACAUAUACAUAUAAAAAAGAUAUUUUUUAAAUGCUAAAGGUAAUCUAAGAAGCCUACAUUGAUUAAUUAAUUAUUUAUUAGAUCGGUUUAAUUACCUUAACGCUACAGUAACACAAGUUUGUUAUUUUAAUGCUGCAUCUUUCAACUGGUAUUUAUUUCGCGCAUAAGAAACACUUUCGUUUAUAAAACUGUAUUCAAUUAUUAGUAAAAAAAAGUAAAGUCUACUAAAUAUAAGUGAUAUUACGUCUUACCAUGUCAAAAAAAAAAAAGAAAAUACUUUUAUAAUAAUUAAAUAUGUCUGUGUUGAAAAUUUGUCA